CAACAUCAACAAAUCGUUCCAAGAUCUGAGGCCAAGCAGAGUUGAAAAGCAAGCAAAUAUGGCAGACAACCGCGAGUGGACGCUGGAGGACGCCAGCGAAGAGCUCUGGGCAGCGAUCGACGAGCUCCGCGCCAAGCGCGACAAGCUGGCCACGAUCAACCGUACCGAAGCCAUGGGCUUUACCCAGCGCAUCGACAUGUACAAGCGGCAAAUCGCAACGGCUGUGCCGGCCAUGAAGCAGUCGGCGCAAGCACAGCUGCGCAUGGUCGAGCAGCAAAAGACCUUUUCGGAGCAGAACCUGCAGCGCAACACGCGGGCGAUUGACACCCAGAUUGAAACCAUCAACCGCAUUCUAGAAGAGAAGAAAGUCCGCGACCAGCGCCAGCUCGAAGAGGGGCUGCAGACGGUGCAGCAAGACGUCGUGACGUUGAAGGCGACGACACAAGCGCUCGCGGGCCAAAUCGACGUCUUGAAGACCGAGGCGCGCGAGCGCAAGGCCGGCUUUGAGAAGAGCAUUGCUGCGAUCCGAGAGGAAGCCAAAAGCGCGGCAGAAAUGUCGGAAGACAUGCACACGCAGAUCUACGCCCUCCAGGCGCAGUCCCAGCUCCUCAUGGCCGAGUACGACGCCAAGCAAGCGGCUCUGCGCGAGAAGCAGUACAUCGAGGAGAACCCGACGUACUCGAUGGUGUACUCGUGCAUCUUUUCCAAGAUCAACGAGGUCUUUGUCGCGUCCAAGGCGCUCGCGAGUGGCAUGGUCACGCGUGAAAAGUACUCGGACGGCGACCGCACCGCGCAGUACAUGACGCUACUCAGCGAGUCGGUGCCGUUUCCAUGCGCCAACAUGGUCCUCGGGUGCAUUACGAACCGCGUCCAAGCGCUCUCGGACAAGCGCGAAGAAGAUCGCGUCGCCAACAUCACGUCCAAUGCCAACAGCUUUUCCGAAAUGGACGAGAUUUGUGAUGCGGUCGCGCGCGGUCUCGUGUUUGCUUACGAAGAGCAGCUCUGCGCGAUGACGCGCCAUGGCGCGUCGGUCUUUAGCGAGUGCCUCGUGCGUGGCGUGCUUGAGUUUCUAAGCACGCCGCCGUACGAGCGUGGCGUGCCAUUGGAUGAUGACGCGUCCACCGCCAGCCUCGUCGCGCAAAUCAUCACGUUUUUGGGCCGACGCGAUUACGUGAAACGCGAGGCCGCGAUCGAAAAGAUGACGGGAUGCAUGCCGUUCGCGGACUUUGCCAUGUUUCAUUGGUUCAACAAGAAGACGCCGACAGCGUCGACGCUCGAGCGGGCGCGGCGCCCGGUGCCCAUCGACUGCCGCUUGCCCCAAAACGUGUCGUGGACGGACGUGGGCAUUCUGCAGCUCUCGGGGAUUCGCACGCGUCAUGGCGACCACUACGAUUGCGACGCGGCGCAGCCACAUGUGUAUGGGUACCGCCUUGCGUCGGCGCGCGACGCCGCCGUGCUCGGGUACUUUAGCGCGUCGCGCCAACCAGGCUACGUCGUGCCGCUCAACGACGACCAGCUCGGUCGCAACCCCGAAGCCCAUACCAAGUUUUGGCGCGGGUAAAGACAUUUCGAUGGUAUUUUUCGGCGUUUCCAG